CUGGGAUAUGUUUUUGUAGGAGAAGUGUACGUGUGGUACGCAGCCAAGUACAGAACCUAAAGAUAAGAUUCCCAAGGUUUUCAUCCACAAUUGUGGCGAGCCAGCCAGGAGGGCAGUACCCCGGGAGAGUGACCUGCUUCUGCCGACGGAUAGAGGACUUCCUGACAAAAACGCGCAAAAUAGUAAAAGUAGGAGCUGAGUAACUCAUAAGACGGCAAUACAGCAAUGUGGUAUGAUAUAACAUCUCUGUCUGACACUGAAGACAUUGAUGACUACAUCUGCCAGAAGGAAGAACAAUGGCAGACACAGAUAGGAGAGCCCUGGAACACCAGUAGCGUAUCAAUGGUGAUCUUCACUGACCUGAUAAGAGAAGGACUGCCUAAAGAUGUCCAAAAAAAGCUCAACGACAUUGUAGACCUAGACGCCAAGCCAUGGGAAGAAAUAAGGGCCCAUAUUCUUCACUUUGUCAGGAGACAUAGAGACAGUGAGAAAGACAAGAAAGCCAGCAAGAUGCAGAAAAAACCGAUUGCUAAACAGUUAGCAGCCAUGGAAGAAAAAGACAAAGGUAAGGAAUCUACAGCAACUCUGGCAGCGGUGGUCAUGCAGACUCCGACGCCACAGCCCAUGGUGCCACAGCUGCCACACCAGAGGCAGCAACAGCCCCAAUACGAGGCACAGCGAUCUUGGAAACAGCAAUCUCAGCCGCCACUCGAGAUCUUUGUGGGAAAUGGAAGUCAACCGGGACAAUGGCGAGGGAAGAGAGGAGGCCCAGGAAGAAGCAGCGGCCCGUUCAGAGGCCCCGGAGGUGACCAAGGGGGAAAAGUUGAACCCAGAGUGUGCUGGGGAUGCCAACAACCAGGUCAUCUGAGGCGCAACUGCCUCCAAAACCCCUGGCCAGAUCUAGCACCCCAAUAUAAAGGAUGGAACCAAAUCCCCGCCACAAUUCUGUUGGAAUGGUAGAAACCAGAUUCAGGAACAACCACAAGACCGAGGAUAUGGAGGACCUCCCUGGGUGCCCCCGGGGCAGCAAAACCAAAGCUAAAGAUGGUGACUAGACCAGGGAGGACAGUCCAAAUAAUCAAGGACAAGAAGAAAAACGUAUGUUGUCGUAUUCCUCAGCUACCCCUGAACAAGAACCCCAAAUCCUUUUAACAAAAGGGGUAAACAAUGUAGUUUUCGGAUUGACACAGGAGCCACACGUUCAAGCAUCGGAAAAGAUGGUAGUCACCUCCCACUGACUGCACUCGGUGUGAAGACCAAGGGUUUUGCAGGAAUACCCCAAACUGUACCACUCACGCAACUCCAGUUGAUCUCUAUUGAUGGACUGAAAACUUCAGCUCAACUGACGUAUACCCCAAGAACCCCAGUUAACCUACUGGGACAAGAUCUGCUAUGUAAAUUAAACACAACAAUCUCCUGCUCUGCUGAUGGUGUAGUAUGCUUCUUUCCUGGAAUAAGUCCCCAGAUGGUACUGUGUCAAGUGGAUGGCGACAAUGGAAAUUACUUAGUCUAUUGGCUGAAGGUACCGCCCAAACUUCAAUGUACUUAGACGUUUUGGUCAAAACGAGCAUACAAGCAUACGAGCAUAAUUACAAGCAGUCACCUUGUAAUUAUGGAAAUUUACAUGUUUAGAAGUGUACCACACAGAUAAUAAUGGUAAUGCAUGUUCACAUAAGUGAUUUAUUAUUCAUCGCAUAUUUUAUGAACGAACACACAAAUUGAUCUUCACAAUCGCACUAUGAUUUACGAUUUUUUUGUAAUAGGUUGGGAUUCCCACCCAAGUGAAAGGUUUGAUCUAUGUCUAGAAGUAUGACUGAAACUUUGAAGUCUCAAGGGGGGAAUGUGGAAGAAUAUGCUGUUAAACCAGUGUUUUACAUUAUAUAUCCUAACAUAUGUGAUUAAAAAUGUAUUCUUUUAACAGUUUUCAUGUAUAAUGCCUAACUCCCAUUUUAUUACCUUUGCGUGAGAAGAGAACAUGCCCUUUAUUGAAGUGCAUAAAUCUCAAGCAUGAGAUAAUGACAUGUGCCUUGAAAUACUCUAUGCAAUUUUGUAAAGAUUUAGGAUGAUUCCAUGAACAGGAGAUAAAUGUAUAAAAAGUGUGCAUUUUCUUUGUUAUGUUGAGUUCGUUGUGGUU